AUGCCGAAGAGAGAUACAGAAGAGGAAACCGCUACGUCGCCUGACUCGCCGGGCUCCGAGGAAGUGGAUCCUGACGUGGAGUCGGCCCUCGAGUAUCUGAAGAUGCUCCAGGAAGGCGGCAUGUUUGCUGGCAAGGACGCCUUCCUGGCGAAACUUCAGGAGCUGGCAAAGCAGGGGAUCCAUCCAGUGGAAGUACUACAGUCCAUGCGCAGAGCGCCCAUGGAGGAGAAGAUGGACCCUGUCGUCGACAGUUUCGACCUGGAGGGAAUUGCCAGGUACAUCGCAGACAAGGCCUGCAAGAAGAUUGUCGUGAUGUGCGGCGCUGGAAUCUCCACUUCCGCAGGGAUACCAGACUUCAGGACGCCAGGCACUGGCCUGUACGACAACCUGCAGAGGUUCAAUCUGCCGCAGGCGGAAUCCAUCUUCGAGAUGAAUUUUUUCCGGGACAACCCCGCGGCCUUCUAUGAGCUGGCCCGGGAGAUGUGGCCGGGAAACUUCGAGCCGACCCCGGCUCACUACUUCCUCAGGUUGCUCCACGACAAGGGCAUCCUGUCACGGUGCUACUCCCAGAACAUCGACAGCCUCGAGUGCCGAGCCGGACUGCCUGCAGAGAAGCUGGUGGCGGCUCAUGGCAACUUCGAUGCGGCCCAUGUCAUCGACACGGAGCCCGAGGUGUUGGUAGACAUCAAUGAGCUGAAAGCAGCUCUGGACAAGGGCGAGGAGGGCUGGCGCAAGCUGAAGGAGGAGAAGGGAGGCCUCGUGAAGCCCAAGAUCGUCUUCUUUGGGGAGGAGCUCCCCGAGCGCUUCGGCCGGCUACACAGAAGAGACCUGGCUGAGUGUGACCUGCUGAUCGUGAUGGGGACCUCCCUGGUUGUACAUCCCUUCGCAGGCCUCGUGGGCUAUGCUGGCAGGGCGGCCCCCAGGCUGCUGAUCAACCGAGAUCAGGCCGGAACCUGCGAUGACCUGCGUUUGGGCUUCCGCUUCCAUCUCGAGGGAGACCAAAACUGGCGAGACGUCUUUCACCAGGGCGAUUGCGACUCGGGCUGCCGGGCUUUGGCCGAAGCCCUGGGCUGGAAGGACGACCUCGAAAGCCUUAUCGACUCCAAAGGUGCCGCCUCCAUCUCGCGGGCUCCCUGGGCUGAGCUGGACGAAGCCCCGCCGAAAGAGGGCUACGGCAGCUAG